UUAGAAAUGUAUGCUGUAUACACGUAUGAGCUGCAAAAAUGGAGCAAACGUAAAACAGCUGAAUUCAUUUGCAAAAUAACCGAACUCAUUUGAAUGAGAAGACACGUGAGGUCACCUGCAUACUACAUAACUACUCUGUUGUGGUGUUGAAGUGUGCAGCAGGCGGAAGUGGAGUAAAUCAGUGCCCGAGUUGUGUUUGAUGUCGCACGCACAGGCGGCGCUUUGUUUCGCGCAGGAUCCCACCCGUCACCGACACGCGCUCAAUGCGUCGCCGCACAUUUUCCGUUAUAAACGCGACACGUCACGUUCACGUCGAAGCUAACGGAAAUUAACGGCUUUGCAUCGGAUGGAUUUAUCACUUCGCGUUCAUCUAUUGGAGAAUAAAAGCGAGGAAUUACUCAGUGUGGAUGUGCUGGAUUUUAGGUCGGAAGACACGAAUGAAUGCGGAUCCAUAACGAGGUUCCUGACAGGAUGAGUGUGUGUUUCAUUCAAUUUUCCACAUGAGCGCGUUAUAAACAGACUCGUGUCCUGCACAAAGACCUUCCUGAAAUAUCUCGAUUUAUUCCCGAGGAAAUGGAAAGGAUGGAGAAUGAAGUUUUUACGUCUUUGUUGGAAGAAUUUCUGCUCUCUCCUCUGGUGUGCUGGGUGAGAUACUCAUCAUUCAUUCACCACGUUUCUUCUUCAGACGUGAAGACGACGUCUCAGCUGCUGUCGGAUGGAUCUCAUGUGUCAGAGUUUAUGGCACUAGUGGAUGGCGUUUAUUUAAAUGACAUCAUGACUCAGAUAAAUCCAAAGGGAAGUGUCCAGAGAACUUACAGGAAAGUGAACAACGAUCCCACACUGCGUGUUCAGAACCUGUCCAUUCUCAUUCAGCAGAUCAAAUCAUUUUAUCAGGAGACUUUACAGCAGCUGGUGAUGAUGUCACUUCCUGAUGUUCUUGUGUUGGGGAAGACACCUCUUAGUGAGCAAGGCCUGGAGGAGAUGAGGAAGUUAUUACUGCUGCUAUUGGGCUGUGCCGUACAGUGUGAGAGGAAGGAGGAUUACAUUGACAGGAUUCAGACUCUGGACUUUGACACACAGGCAGCCAUCGCAGCUCACAUUCAAGAGGUGACCCAUAACCUAGAGAACGUGUUAGAUCUGCAGUCUUUGGAAGAAAGCGAGUCUGUCUCACAGGAUAAAGACACUCUCCUUAGACACAUGACCUUAAACCUCAAACGCCUUGUAGAUGAGAGAGAUCAGCAAGCUGAGACCAUCAUAUCUCUGACUCUGGAGAGAGACUCCGGGCUAAUUUCUUCAGCGGUCCAUGCCGGACCGUCGCCCGGCGAAUCCCCCAGCAUUCGACGCACCGAGAGCGUGCAGCACCUGUCUGUAGAGCUCGCCGACGCCAAAGCCAAGAUCAGACGCCUGCGACAGGAGCUAGAAGAAAAAACUGAACAACUGCUGGACUGCAGACAAGAGCUGGAAAACAUGGAGACCGAAUCAAAGAGACUCCAACAGGAAAACCUUCAGCUGCUGUCUGACGCACGCUCUCUUCGCGCAUAUCGCGACGAGCUGGACGUGCUCCGAGAAAAAGCCAUCAAAGUAGAUAAACUCGAGAGUGAAGUGAUGCGCUACAAAGAGAAACUCCAUGACAUUGAGUUCUACAGGGCCAGAGUGGAGGAGCUGAAAGAGGACAAUCAUGUCUUGCUGGAGACCAAAAGCAUGCUGGAGGAUCAGCUGGAGUCAUCCAGAGCUCGCUCUGAUAAACUUCAUGAGCUAGAGAAAGAAAAUUUGCAGCUGAAGAACAAGAUUCAUGACAUGGAAAUGGAGCGAGACAUAGACAGAAAGCGCAUGGAGGAGCUGUUAGAGGAAAAUCUGACUCUAGAGGUGGCUCAGAAACAGAGUAUGGAUGAAUCUCUGCAUCUGGGCUGGGAGAUCGAACAGCUCUCUAAAACCACACCUGACCUCACUGAAGCACCACAGAAGUCUCUAAGCCAUGAGGUGAAUGAACUGGCAUCCAGUCAACUGCUCAGACUGGAGAAAGAAAAUCAGGUGCUUCUGAAGACAGUGGAGGAGAUGAAAGCAUCCAAUGAGAAUGACACACUGCUCAGAUUGGAGAAAGACAACCAGACACUUACUCAGAAGCUGGAGCAACUGACUGCAGACAUCGAGUGUUUGCGCAGUGCUGAGACUCUGAGCGCAGACCUGCUGAAAGAAAAAGCUCAGCUGGAGAAAACCCUGGAAACACUCCAGGAGAAUUCAGAAAGACAGGUUAAGGGACUCGAACAGGAGAAUAAACGUCUUAACCAGACCAUUACCUCUCUCAGACAGCGUUCCCAGGUUAGCGCUGAAGCUCGUGUCAAAGACAUCGAGAAAGAAAACCGUGUGCUUCACGAGUCCAUUAAAGAAACCAGCAGCACGCUUAACAAGAUGGAGUUUGAGCGGAAACAACUGCGCAAAGACCUGGAGCACUAUAAAGAGAAAGGAGAAAGGGCAGAGGAGUUAGAGAUGGAGGUUCAUCGACUGGAGCGAGAGAAGGAGAGCCUACAGAAGCGACUCGCCACACUCACCAUCACUUGCGAGAAGGUGGAGGUCCUAGAGAAGGAAAAUGCCGAGCUGGAAGCGGAGAGCAGGAAACUGAAGAAAGCUGCGGAUGCUCUGAGGAACGUAUCUUUCCAGUUGGAGGUGCUGGAAAAAGAAAACGCUCAGCUGGAUGAAGAAAACCUUAAGCUCAGGCGCAUGGCCGAGUCUUCACGUUCAACAGGAGCCAAAGCUGCACAACUUGAGCUGGAGAACAGAGAGCUUGAGAAUGAGAGAACUCAACUCAGAAAGAGUCUCGAGCUGUUAAAGGCUUCAUCUAAAAAGACAGAACGCCUGGAGGUAAGUUACCAAGGCUUGGAUACGGAAAACCAGCGGCUCCAGAAGGCAUUGGAAAACAGCGGCCGCAAAAUUCAGAAACUGGAGGAAGAAUUAGUGGAUGUGGAGACUGAAAAUCAUAACCUGCAGCAGAGCCUCGAGGAGCUGAAGAUCUCCAGUAAAGGUCUGGAGCAGCUGGCACAGGAGAACAAAGUUCUGGAGCAGGAAAACAAUCAGCUGGAGAGAGACAAAAAACAGCUGGAGAAGGAGAACAAACGCCUUCGACAGCAGGUUGAAAUCAAAGACUCUAAAUUAGACGAAGACAAUCUGCGCAUCGCUCAUCUAGAGAAGGAGAAUCGUGCCUUUGGUAAGGAGGUCGCCACUCUCAAAGAGACGUGCGGCCGAAUUAAAGACGUGGAGAAAGACAAUAAAGAAUUGGUCAAGCAAGUUACCAUUGACAAAAAGACACUGGUCACUUUGAGAGAGGAGUUGGUAAACGAGAAACUAAAAACUCAGCAGAUUAAUAAUGAGCUGGAGAAGCUGACCCAUGAGCUUGAGAAGAUUGGUCUCAAUAAAGAAGGUCUUCUAGCCGAUGAGGCGUGCUCUGAUGACAGGUUUAAGCUCCUGGAGUCGAAACUGGAGUCUACGUUGAAAUCUUCUUUGGAAAUCAAAGCGGAGAAGAUUUCUGCUUUAGAGGCUCGUCUGCAGGAGUCCUCCAAUCUCAACCAGCAGCUACGGCAGGAACUCAAUACGGUAAAGAAGAAUUAUGAAGCGCUGCGUCAGCGCCAAGAGGAGGAGUGUAUGGCCCAGAGCUCGCCCUCUAGAGGACGGGAGGACAUACAGAGCAUCAGUAAAUGGGAGAAGGAGAGUCAGGAGGUCACACGUGAGCUGCUGAAGGUCAAAGAUCGACAUAUUGAGGUGGAGAGAAAUAAUGCCACUCUUCAAGCAGAAAAACAGGCCCUGCGGACACAGUUAAAACAUCUGGAGUCUCAAAGCAGUAAUCUACAGGCUCAGAUAUUAGCUCUCCAGCGUCAGACAGCAUCCUUACAGGAGAACAACACCACCCUACAAACUCAAAACGCCAAACUUCAGGUGGAAAACUCCACUCUGAACUCUCAGAGUGCCUCGCUCAUGUCCCAGAAUGCUCAGCUGCAGGCCCAGCACUCCAGUACAGAAAGCGAGAGGGACACGGCCGUUCGGGAGAAAGAAGAACUACGCACAGUCUACGAUCUUCUGCUUAACGACCAUGAGAAACUAUCUGCCCUCCACGAUCGUCAGGCGUCAGAGUACGAGGAUCUUAUCGGCAAACACGGAGACCUGAAGAGCAGCCACAAGAGCCUGGAGGUCCAACACCGCAGCCUUGAGAACAGGUAUAAUCAGCUGUUAAAGCAGAAGACUGAUCUAGAACAGCUGGAGCGAGAACUUAAAUUAGAGCGAGAGAACAUCAUCUCUGAAAACAAGAGUCAUCAGGACACGGCCACACAAUACCACAAGCUGAAAGAGGACCACGACACGCUGAAUUCAACGUAUCGUCAGCUGCUGAAGGACAACGAGCUUCUGCAGACAGAUCAUAAAACGCUGAAGAGUCAGUUGAACGCGGCCAGACUGGAGCAGACACGUCUCGAGGCAGACUUCUCCAAACUCAAAGAACAGUACCAGCAACUGGACAUCACCUCCACCAAACUCACCAACCAGUGCGAGUUAUUGAGUCAGUUAAAAGGGAAUCUGGAGGAGGAGAACCGGCAUCUGCUGGAUCAGAUCCAGACCCUGAUGCUGCAGAAUCGAACCCUGCUGGAGCAGACCAUGGAGAGCAAAGACCUGUUUCACGUUGAGCAGAGACAAUACAUUGAUAAAUUGAAUGAGCUAAGGAGACAGAAGGAGAAACUUGAGGAGAAGAUAAUGGACCAGUAUAAAUUUUAUGACCCAUCCCCUCCACGAAGGAGGGGUAAUUGGAUCACGCUGAAGAUGAAGAAACUCAUUAAGCCCAAGAGUCGUGAGCGGAUGCGCUCGCUCACGCAGACCCCGUCCCGCUCUGAGUCCAGUGAAGGUUUCCUGACGCUGCCUCAUCCUGACAGUCAGGACAGUUCAUCUGUGGGCUCCGGGUCCAACUCGCUGGAAGAUACACUGAGCCACCGCACCAACAGAAAGAGAGUUGAGAAAAGCCAGACACAGGCUUCCUCUAAUGCCCUUAAAAAGCUUCCCUUCAUGAGGAACAGAUCCAAGGAGAAAGACCGAGAGAAGGCUGUCUACCGCCGCUCAAUGUCGAUGAAUGACCUGCUGCAGACGAUGGCACUGUCUGAAGGUCAAUGGUCCAGCAGUACCGAUCAUCUAGAAGCCCCUGACGUUGCGGCCAUCGGUUCUCAGCGCAUUAAGGACUUUGGAUCCGUGGACUAUUGCAGUGCGGUUGAAGACUAUGCAGCGCUUGCUGUCACUGACAGCCGCAGAGCCAAAUACACGAGUGAUAAAGAUAAUGCAUCGAGUGAAGACAUCACAGUUUUAUCCUCACAGGAGUCCAGUCUGCUGCAAGCUCAGGGUGUGAUGAACGGCAGUGCGGCUCGAGCUCAAGGCGACGGCGCCGGGGAGACAGAGCUUCUGAACUGUCUGCCGAUCCCAUCGGACAGCAAACGCAGGACUAAAUCCACCGGCAGUGAGAUGGUUUCCCUGCAGCAGUUUCUGAACGAGAGCACAGACCCAGCAGAGGGCGGCCUCGCAACACAAUCACCACGUCUGUCUGGAGAGCGCACGAAGGGGCGGGGCAUCUUGCGCUCAGCCAGCGGGAAAGCUCCGAAGUCAAAUUCCACUCAGUCCGGCCAACCGGGACGCCCGAGUCUGCGUAAGGCCGAGAGCACGCGUGUCAAAGGCUCGGCCCCACCCCGUUCCGGCCUCUCAUCCCAGAGCAGGGCCGCCUCGGUGUCCGAAAGGCUGGACGCAUCCGCGUCCUCCGGGCUGCCCCGCGCCAGCAGCGUCAUCUCCACAGCCGAGGGCACCGUCCGCAGGACCAGCAUCCACGAUCUGCUGUCCAAAGACAUUCGUCAGCCAGUCCUGGUGGACCCGUCGCCCUCCAGGUCCAAGACUCAGAGCGCAUCCAGUGAGUACGGCUCCGUUUCCCAAGCACCCGGUCCCGACACAACACUGCCCAAGUCCGCAAGCAUGCCCUGCGGCAGCGUAGAGGAGCCCGAGCUGUCCAGUCUGCAAGCUUUUUUAGGUCCUUCCUUCACUGUAGAUUCCAUCUUUCUGGACUCCAUCUUUUGUGAGCCAGGGGCAAAGGGCAGCGCUAGAAAUCCAGCCAUCUUGUCCCUCAAUACGUCUCUGGUUAGCAACAUUAGUGGCCCUCCCCAUAAAGCCCCUCAAAGUAAAAACAGUGGCCCGAGUGGUGAGACGCCCGCCUCUGACCCCGAUCAGUGUUUCCCCUCAGAAGAUGGCCAGUCGCUGUGGUAUGAGUACGGCUGUGUGUAACCUCUCCCUCCACCUGCAUGAACAUUUGACAAUCACAUCCACCUUCAUUUGUUUCCUGUCCGAAUGGCCGAACGAAUGUUUGACACUUUUUGGGAUCUUCUUGUCAAGUUUCUAACUGCCGAGUCAUUUGACCUCUUGUCUGCAUGACUUCUGAGUGAUUGAUUGUCACGUUUCUAUGUUUUUAUCCAGUCACAUGAUAAUCAUGAUAGUAUAUGAUUAUUGGUUUGUUAACACGUUGAGAUUUUGUGAGAUUUCAUCAUUGUAAUAAUGAGUGAAGUCAUUCCAUCGGGUCUCUCUCUUUUUUUUUAUUUGGGAAAUUUUAAAACGUAUGGUUAAGAAGCUGAUCUACUUUGAUAUUUAUGAAAAUGAGGCUUGUAGAACAAGUCUGAGCUGCAUUCAUUUGCUUUAUUUUAUUUAAAUGACAUGCUGUAUGUUUAUGGUGCAUUUGUUUACUCUUAUGUUUGUGUGUAUUAUUCUGAAGAUCAUGUUUGCAUGGCUUUACCCCUAUCGCUUAGUCCCAAGCUUUCAAUUGAUGUCUUAAAAUGAGCAUUUUCCUCAGUAUGUCUUUAUUUAAUUAUUUUGUCCAUAUACUUAAAGGGAUAGUUCGGCCAAAAAUGAUAUUAAACCCAUG